AUGGCAGACCCGCUAUCCGUCGAUGUCAGCGCUGCAGGAAUCUUGUCACUAGGUCUCAAAAGCGCGCAAGGCCUCAUACAGUAUUAUAAAGCAUAUCGGGGUCAAUCUGAAGAUGUCGCCCACACAACCACGAAGCUUGAACACCUCUUGGAUCUACUAGAGAGCUUGCAAACUUCACUCAGCAAUAGAAAAGCUGACACCAAAGACGGUGAUCUUCUAGAUAAAGUGGAUUCAUAUGUGGAAGAUUCCUAUGAGCCCAUUCAGGAACUGGAAGAGCAGCUGAACAAGCUCAGGAAAACGUCUGAUCGCGAUGUUAUUGAGAGCUUGCAUAGUUUCGGCCGUCGGCUUGUUUACCCAUUGAGAAAAAGCACACUGCAAAAGCUGGAAGCUGACAUUGACGACUCAGUACAAGUCAUAUCGCUUGCAUUACAGCUUCUUCAGAAUGAGGAUUUGAACAGAAUGCAGGAUGAUGUAGCAACAUUGCUGAAGCUCGUGGAGGCCGCUUCUGUUAGUAGUGAAAUCAAGUCGUGGAUCAAUGCUCCAGACCCCAGCAUCAAUUUUAAUGAGGCUGUGAAGAAGAAGCACAUUGGCACAGGCAGCUGGUUCGUUGAAGGAUCGCAAUUCCAAGACUGGUUGGUGAAGCCCACUUCUUUUCUUUGGGUUGUCGGCUUCGCUGGCUGUGGCAAGUCUGUCUUGAUGACGACUAUCAUCGAGCACACGCAGCGUCAUCGUCAGUUAAAGCAAGGAAUCGGCAUCGCUUUCUUCUUCUUUACUUUCAGCGAUGAAACCAAGCAGAAUUUCUCAGCUAUGCUUCGUUCCAUCAUCUUGCAGUUAUCCAGCCAACUCGAUCAGAAGGAUGAUCCUCUUUCCAGGCUAUGGAGGCGUUCUCAGUCACACUCUCCCACCAAUCAAGCCCUCUUGGAAUGUUUACAUCAAAUUGUGCUCAGUUUCAAAGAUGUUUAUCUUCUAAUUGAUGCUUUGGAUGAAAGCCCUUCAGGAAUAUACCGAGAUGAAGUGCUGGAUACUCUAGCCGAGAUAAGAGAUUGGGGCGAGCCUCGAUUGCAUAUCAUCGUGUCCGGUAGAGAUUACGCCGAAAUUCGUUCAUCGCUUCUCAGAACAUCCUCUGAUGAAACUAUGAUAAAGAUGAGAAAUGAAUCGGUUGACAAGGAUAUCAACAAUUUUGUAUCUCAACAUCUCCGUACACACCAGAGAUUUCGAAAGUGGAAAGAUCAUUAUGAUCAGAUCGAAGCUGCCCUCGUCGAUGGGGCUCAAGGCGUCUUUAUAUAUUAG